UCGAAUAUCGAACAGGAGCUGGCAUCAAUUUUUGUCUCCUCAGUUCGGCCGAGCUCGCAGGCGGAGAGGGUUGUCGAGGUUAGACUGAGAAGCAGGCAGGAGGGAAAAUGUCCGAAGAAAACAUGGCUGAGUUGGAUUUUGAGAUACCAGACACAACUGCUCUCAAAUCCUCCACGUGUCCAAUUAUUUGGGUCCUCGGUGGACCUGGCUCCGGAAAAGGGACUCAAUGCGACAAAAUCGUCGGCAAGUACGGCUUCACCCACAUAUCCACCGGGGAUCUACUCCGAGCGGAUGUUGCCUCCAGCUCUGCAAGAGGUAAAGCACUGGAAACAGUGAUGAAGGAAGGAAAACUUGUCUCUUCUAAAGUCGUUUUAGGCCUGCUUGCUGAGAAAAUGCUGGCCGAGCUCCCAAAAGCCAAAGGUUACCUAAUCGAUGGUUACCCAAGAGAAUUGGAACAGGGGCAACAGUUUGAAUCUGUGGUCGGCAUGUGCAAACUGGUGCUCUACUUCCAAGCAUCUGAUGAAACUCUUAUCAAAAGACUCCUCCACAGGGCUUUGACAUCAGGAAGAGAAGAUGACAAUGAAGAAACAAUCAAAAAACGUCUUAACACUUUCCAUUCGCACAAUGAUCCGAUUGUUAAUGCCUACGCCUCAAAAACUGUCACACUCGAUGGUGAAAAGACCCCUGAAGAGAUUUUUGUUCAGGUAGUAAAAGCAAUCGAUGCUGUGAUAAGUAAGUAACUGCCAUCACCUUUUUAAAAUGGUAAAAGUUAAUAAUUAAUAAUUAAAAUGAGGCAAUAUAAAAUUAAAAUAACGUAAAAUCAAAAUACAGUCAUUCAAUAACUUACAUUUAGGGCCUAAGAACAAAUAGAACACCAAAGAUGAAUGUUACACGCAAGUUGUUAAAUUAUUUAUUUAUAUUUCUCGUAAAUUAUUGACUUCUUAUUAGCUUUUGUUAGUUUAAGAAGUGAAAGAAAAUUGCAUUCCGCACUCAUACCUAAGCAGUCAAUAAAAGACGACAAAUCAUAUUUUUCAAUCAAAAAGUCAAUUGUUAAGGUGUCAAUUGUUGUUACACAUUGUAUAUACAGUUUUUCAAAUUUGCUUUGUAAUAAUCUAACUAGAUUCUUU